UUCAUUAUAGUUUUAAAAAUGAGACAAAGAAAUAAAAAUAAACUGACUGAUGAUCAAAUUGCAAAUUAUUUAUUAGCUGGAGACACCUCAGAUAUUGAGGAAUUGGACGAGGGAGAUGAUGUAAAUUUAGAAAAUUUAGAUGAGAUGCUUCAUAUGAUAAAGGAUGUCGAAAAUGAAGAAUUGUUUCUUGUUUCGCCUAAAUUUAAUAUUUUUGAAAUACUUGCAACCUGUGUGAAGGAAUAUAAUAGCUUCAUGGGGGGAAUUGACCUGCAUGACAUGCUGGUAGAAUUGUACAGGACAGAAAAUAAAGUUAAACGCUAUUAUUUACGAAUCAUACACCAUAUUUUAGAUAUGUGCACUGUAAAUGCUUGGUUACUAUACAGAAGACACUGUCAGCAAUUACACAUAACUAAGUAUCAAAGUAUGUUGCAAUUCAAAACUAAUAUUGCUGAAGGACUUAUAAAUGCUGGAUUUAAUAAAAAAAAACAAAGGGGACGUCCAUCAUCAAGUAUAAAUUUUGUAAAUCCUACACCUCCUAAAAAAAGAAAAGUUUUUGCUGCUAGACCGUAUGCUGACGUACAGUUUGACAAAAUAGAACAUUGGCCAUGUCCUAUUAGUGAAAGACAGAGGUGCAAACAUUGUCCAGAACAUAGUUAUUCUAGAAUGAAAUGCGAAAAGUGUAAUGUUUACCUUUGUUUGAAUAAUAAUAAAAACUGUAUUGUAAGUUUUCACAACAAAUAA